AAUUAGUACCACUUCACUGCGCCAAGCAAGACUAUCUCUCCUUCACAAAAUAUUUUAAUAUAAAUUCAUUAUAUAUGUUGUGAACAACGUAUCCAGAUGUAACAAUGUAACGUCGCGAAUAGAAACAUGACAUUAUCGCUAAUUAUUUAUUAUGAAAACCGUAUUUAGCGAUAAUGUGGUAUAACGCAGAGGGAAUUAUCUUUGUGUGGCUGUUAUGCGUCCAGUCAAUGAUAACGGCACAUGACCAGAGUACUUGUUAUCUGCCAAAUCGUUUAAUUCAAGAGAUAGACUCCUAUGCGCCAGUAGUGCAGAGAAUAAUCGAUGAAAGUAUGCAAGGUUCAUUUAAAGGAACUACAUGGCAAGAUUUGGCAACGUUUGUUGACAAGUUUGGCCCGAGAUUGACCGGUACCCAAGUUCUUGAAGACGCUAUUGAUUACGUUUUGAACAAGUCGAUCAGUUUAGGUUUAGAUAAUGUUCAUGGCGAGCCAGCCAUCGUACCACACUGGGUCAGAGGUUCGGAAUCAGCAACUCUUUUGCAACCACGGCAGAAAAAUCUGGCGUUAUUGGGACUGGGUUAUAGUAUUGGAACUCCGGAAAGAGGCAUAACUGCUAACGCUGUCGUAGUGAAUAGUUUCGCAGAACUCAAGAAAAGGGCAAAAGAGAUUCCUGGAAAAAUAGUCGUAUACAAUCAAAAGUUUGUCUCGUAUGGAGAGACCGUGGAAUAUAGAAGCGUGGGAGCUAUAAGAGCAGCAGAAUUGGGAGCUGUAGCUGCAUUAAUCAGAUCAGUAACGCCAUUUUCAUUGUACACCCCGCAUACGGGUAUGAUGAAUUACGCAGAAAACGUUACUAAAAUCCCAGCUGCUUGUAUAACUGUCGAAGACGCGACUCUUCUGAGAAGGAUGGAAGAUCGAGGUGAAACGAUAGUGAUAAACUUAAAAAUGGAAGCGAAGAGAUAUCCCGAUACUCAAUCGCGAAACGUUAUAGCGGAUAUCACCGGCUUUAGCGCGCCUGAAAAAGCAGUCGUCGUUUCUGGACAUAUAGAUAGUUGGGAUGUUGGAACAGGUGCAAUGGAUGAUGGAGGUGGCAUUUUCAUAUCUUGGAACGCAUUAAAAUUGCUGAAAUAUAUCGGUAUCCGGGCGCGAAGAACGAUAAGAAUGAUAAUGUGGACUGCCGAGGAAUUUGGUUUGCUCGGAGCGGAGCAAUAUAUACGGAAUCACUCUGCAGAGAAUGAAGAUAUGCAGUUCGUGAUGGAAUCUGAUUCCGGCACUUUCAUGCCUACAGGUCUCGAAGUUUCAGGAAACAAGUUAACCCAAUGUAUACUUCAGAGAAUAAUGCGAUUGUUAGCUCCGUUGGGUGACUUGGAAUUGAAGAGCCCAUGCACAGGUCCUGAUAUAUCGUUUUGGAUUAAAGCUGGCGUACCAGGUGGUUCUCUUUUAAAUCGAAACGAAAAAUAUUUCUAUUAUCACCAUUCAAACGCAGAUACCAUGUUGGCAGAAAAUUCAAAAGCUCUGGAUAUGAAUACAGCCUUAUUCGCAGCGGUAUCAUUUAUUCUAGCAGAUAUCAGCAUUGAUCUGCCUGACAAUUUCACUAGCGUAUAGUAUCCAUUUGGUGACACAAGUCAAUACAAUAAGUAUCGUUCUAUUUUUGUUACUUACUGAAUGUCAGAAAGACGGAAUCAUGAUGGAAAGAAACUCAGGUGUGCUCUUGCACAUAUAUUUUUAACAGUUAAUGAGAACGUAACACCAUAUACCGCCACAUGCCAGAACCGUACAAAAUUCAUCUCGAAAACAAGCCACUUGAUCAGUUUCUUCCGCACCAUGGAAUGCUUGUGUUGAUUUGUGUCUCCAAAUGAAAACCACCCAUCACAGACAAUAUCACAUGGUAAUGAUAUAUUCACGGUCAGA